AAGCUGGAGGAGUUUUUGUUCUGCAUGGAGGAUAGUCACCCAGAGGAUGGGUGCAGCGACACUGGGGCUACCGAACUGACGGAGCGCUGUGAGCAGAUCAGUAACAGGCUGAUGUCCUUGGAAGAUGAACUGCAGAUGGCCAUACUGAAUCAGGAUCAGGCCCUCACCCAGUCUUUAGAGAAGGAGGUUCAGGAAGUAAAAUCCACUUUACAAACCAUGCUUGCACAGCUCAAGGUGGAAGAAGAGGACGAGGAGGAAGUGAAUGAGUUGGAUGACCUCAUGAAAAAUGGGAUUGAGGAAGAAGAAGAGGAGGAGGAGGAGGAGGAAGAGGACCAGUACUUCAGUGACAGCUGGGACAUUUGAAAUAGAUGUUUGCAGUGUUUUAUGAGCACUUAAACACAGAAUGGCUACCUGAUAGGUUGACCUCGGCUUUUGCAGUAGAAGUGACCCCAUAUCCAUUUACUGUAAAGCCUCACUCGAAACACUCGACAAGCAGCCGCCGUGGUACUGCUGAAAGUUUCCAUCAGAUCAGGUCUGUAACUUUUCACCUGCUUCAAAAUGAAGAAACGUGACAUAAAUACAACACAUGAGACACUUUCUCCCUUAAAAAGAGUGCCUUUGACGACUAGUUCACAUUGAGAUGUUUCUUUUUAACCGUUUUCAGAUACAGUUUUUUAAGAAGGUCAAAUUUAUUUUUCACUUUUUAAGCAUUUAAAUGUCACCACUUUUGUUACAGUCCCAUUUUAUAAGCGUUAUAAGCAAGAUUUAAAGUCUGUGUAACCCAUGGCUGCAAAUGAAGGUUUGGUUUGAGUUUUGACCAGACACCAAGCGGACAAUCGGAAAACGUUAAAAUUUGUUUUCACUGCUAACAGUUUUGCACAUAAAAUAACAUAAAAUGUAUGCCUAUUAAUUGUUAUUAUUAUUAUUAUUGUUAUUAUUAUUAUUAUUUUGGUCUUCCAGCCACUUUUGUGUGUGUUCUGAACGACUGGACUUUCUUGUAACUGCGUCCAUGAAGUAACUCGUUUGUGGUGCUACAAAAAUGUGAGCUAACUUGAACACUUUAUUAUCUGUGGGUGGAAAAUGCAAUAUUUAGAUUUUUCCGUUGUUUUCAAACGACAUUGCGUACUUUAGGUUUUUAACAUUUUUGUGACAUAAAGGACAAAUUACAUCUACGUAGGAAUUAUUGAGAGAUAAAACAUCGGUGGGCACAUAAAAGGAUUAGAAACUGCUGUUUUUGUUGUUUUUUCCCCCUCUGUUUGCCACUGGUUGUGUUUUUUUUAUUCAUAUUUGUGCUUUCACCUAUUAUUGAGUUCUGUUUUGUUUUUUUAAAUUUACUAAGCAGCUGUACCUUAUUUUAUAUUUAUUCCUUCCAGUUUCUCACUAAUUACAGCAUGUACCGUUCAGUCUAAUGUUGCCUCCUGCUGUUUUCUACUUGCAUUGAGUUACAGCCUCUUUAUGGAUUGUUUUUUUUUCCCCCGCUCAUAGAAAAUUUGCUGGCACGCUGCCAGGCAAGUGAGGGCAGCGGUGACAGGCAGAAGAUAUCAAUACGGUAAUAAAGGUCCUAGUGAGGUCUUUGGGGGAUACAUGGGUUUCUGUUGUUAUCUCACCUCAGCAGCAGCGGUGGCUAAUUGGUAGGCAGCCUCACGGAGGGCAUACUGAGGGAAAAAUGGGAUGGGAACGGCACUUUUUUUUCUGAUUCUGUGUUUUUUGGAGCGGGGGCUGUUGGGGGAUUCUGCCGUGCCACGCUCUGGGCUGUAAACACAGCUGAGCGUUCAGGGGUUUUUCUGCAGAAGCACAAUGGGCCGUUCUCACAUUACUGCCAGUUUGCCAAACCACUUGCCAAGCUAGAAAUCUCCACAUCUAUCAGCUUCAGACAGAGCCCAGUACACACACACACACAUGCACACCUUCCUGCCAAACACCCCAACCUCAUAAUUGAAUCUAUGCUUGCAUCAUACUGUGCCCCACGUGGCAGCUCUGCUCAUAAAAUGGUCACAGA